UCAGCAUGAACGACAUAAGCGGGUUAGUAUGUGAAAUUGUUUUCCAAGCGACUAAUUUAACUGUCCAGUCCUUAAGACAUAUCAAAUUCGGGGCAGCAGUAAAAUCAUUUUGCCACUGAAACGUGAAGUGACGUAGCAGGACUCGUUACAACUGGAUCGUUGCAUUUUUUAGCGAAGAAGAACCGCGACUAGAUAACAAGAAGGAAACAAUGCCAUCCGGGUGGACGGUCGUGUGCCUGAUCGGUUUGGCGAUCGGGGCAACUAGAUGCAGCGACAUAACUUCACCAGUGUUUGGAGACGUACUGGAUGGCAUGCCAGCUGCAUUCGGCGACUUCAACUCUGAUGAAUUAACCGAUGUGUUUAUGCUGCGGAAAAAUGGCACCACCGUUGAGAUAUUCUUGGCCGCUGAACAGGAGCCACUAUUGAGACCGAGCUCGAAUCUGAGCUGUACUUUUCGACACAUCGUGGUCGGUGUCGUGCCUGGAGAUUUUGACGGGGACGUAUUCAUGGACGUCCUGGUUAUUACGUUCGAUACAAAGGAGAAAUUGUCAUAUGCGUACGUGCUUUGGGGUGGAAAUGGCCGAUUGAACUGUACGAACGAAGAUCAUCCGUUGAUAAAGAUGACAGGCCAACCAUUGGCGUUGGACUAUAACGGUGACAUGAUCAUAGAUCUGUUCGGAUUAGACGAAAAGAAAAGAAGGACAUUUUGGAUAUUCGAUCAGAGUAGGACGGCUCCCAAGGCCGUGCCCAUCGAACCGUACGAGCGAUCAGAAUCACUUUCACCGAUCAGUCAACCUCAUUCUAAUGCUUACUUGGAUUGGAAUAACGAUUUCGUAGCAGAUCUAGUGGUGACUACGCGCAAGUCCUUUGAGAUUUGGCUUGGCAUCGAGGAGGGUUUCAAGUACUACAAAACCAUACCAUUUCCUUACAACAUAUCGCCGGAAGACAAUUUCCCGGGCGUAAUCGGGCAAACUCUUUACCUGGACGUAGAAUUAACGGGCAAGAUGACCAUGCUGUUGCCACUGUGUUUCGACAGCGCGUGCACAAACAGCACCAUCAUGAUGUAUUCCGGUAAAUGGUACAAUUUGCAGGUGAACUUCCGUGACGUGAACAACGUGCUGUGGGGUUUCGUAAACCCCGAUGGGCGACGAUACACCGACACGAUUACAUUGCGCGGCGGCGACUUCAACAUGGACGGUUAUCCAGAUCUAUUGGCCACGUUGAAGUCCACCAGUGGCAAGCAGAAGCAGUCGUUCUUCCUGGAAAACGUCGCGUGCGAUGCGUGCGUCGGGUUCGGUCGAAAAUUUCAGGUCAAGUGGCAGGCGCUGAAUCCGUUUUACAACGAAACGGCGAUGGCGGUGUUCUACGAUUUUUAUCAGGACGGUAUUCUAGAUGUGAUAUUGGUGGAGGUAGACAAAAGCACCGGCACUUACCGUACAGCCGCGUUCAAGAACAGCUUGGACUACGACGCGAAUUUCGUGAAAGUAAUGGUACUGACUGGCCGCAACAACAGCAUGUACCCGAUUUCCCCUGGAUCCCUUGGUAAGAAGAAGAGAACUUACGGAACGAAUCUCCCAGGUCCGUCGAUAGCAUAUCCUCUUUUCUUGAACUUACCCUACACGACAUUCGGUCUGGGUAGGACACCAAACUUCGUCGACGCUUUGACAAUAGGGGUUGGUGGCAAGUCUCGGGAGUGGCCACAGAUCAUUCCAAAUUCCCAGAUGGUCGUCAUUCCGAAUCCGAUAGCGGAACCAUGGAAAUGGAAGGCGCAGCUAUUCGUAACACCCAGUAAAUUAAUUCUGCUCAGCGCUGCCGCGUUGACUGGCACUUGCGGCUUGAUAUCAUUUAUUAUCGUCGCUUUGUAUUGGAAGGAACGCAGGGAGGACAAGAUCGAAAGGCUGCAGGAGGCGCACAGAUUUCAUUUUGAUGCUAUGUAAACUAUGGAAGCAGAAAUGAGA